UUUUUCGGUGGUCCGGCGCUGCGUCAAGCUCUGCACCGGCCAUGAGUACGCCGCCAAGAUCAUCAACACCAAAAAGCUCUCAGCCAGAGACCACCAGAAGCUGGAGCGCGAGGCGCGCAUCUGCCGGCUGCUCAAGCACUCCAACAUCGUGCGGCUCCAUGACAGUAUCUCUGAGGAGGGUUUCCAUUACCUCGUCUUUGACCUGGUGACAGGUGGUGAGCUCUUUGAGGACAUUGUGGCGCGGGAGUACUACAGCGAGGCCGAUGCCAGCCACUGCAUCCAGCAGAUCCUGGAGGCCGUCCUGCACUGUCACCAGAUGGGGGUGGUCCACAGGGACCUCAAGCCGGAGAACCUGCUCCUGGCCAGCAAGUGCAAAGGGGCGGCGGUGAAGCUGGCGGACUUUGGCCUUGCCAUUGAGGUGCAGGGGGAUCAGCAGGCCUGGUUUGGAUUCGCGGGCACGCCCGGUUACCUGUCCCCUGAGGUCCUGCGCAAAGAGGCCUAUGGCAAACCUGUGGACAUCUGGGCAUGCGGGGUCAUCCUGUACAUCCUCCUGGUGGGCUACCCGCCGUUCUGGGAUGAAGACCAGCACAAACUCUACCAACAGAUCAAGGCCGGGGCCUAUGAUUUCCCUUCGCCCGAGUGGGACACGGUCACCCCUGAAGCAAAAAACCUCAUCAACCAGAUGCUGACCAUCAACCCCGCCAAGCGUAUCACAGCUCACGAGGCCCUCAAGCACCCGUGGGUCUGCCAACGCUCCACCGUGGCCUCCAUGAUGCACAGGCAGGAAACAGUGGAGUGCCUGAAAAAGUUCAACGCCCGGAGGAAGCUCAAGGGCGCCAUCCUCACCACUAUGUUGGCCACCAGGAACUUCUCAGUGGGCAGACAGACCACCGCUCCUCCGACCAUGUCGGCGGCCGCCGCCGGGGCCCCCCUGGGGCUGGUGGAACAAGCAGCUAAGAGCUUACUGAACAAGAAGGCGGAUGGCGUGAAGCCCCAGACCAACAGCACCAAAGGCAGCGCCGGUGUCACCAGCCCCAAGGGGACCCUCCCACCUGCUGCCUUGGAGCCUCAAACUACUGUAAUUCAUAACCCUGCAGACGGCAUCAAGGAGUCAUCCGACAGCACCAACACCACCAUCGAGGAUGAGGACACCAAAGCCCGCAAGCAGGAGAUCAUCAAGAUCACGGAGCAGCUCAUCGAGGCCGUCAACAACGGGGACUUCGAGGCCUACGCGAAGAUCUGCGACCCGGGGCUCACCUCCUUUGAGCCCGAGGCGCUGGGCAACCUGGUGGAAGGGAUGGACUUCCACCGCUUCUACUUUGAAAACUUGCUCUCCAAGAACAACAAGCCGAUCCACACGACCAUCCUGAACCCACACGUGCAUGUCAUCGGGGAGGACGCGGCCUGCAUCGCCUACAUCCGCCUCACCCAGUACAUCGACGCGCAGGGCCGGCCCCGCACCAGCCAGUCCGAGGAGACCCGCGUCUGGCACCGCCGCGAUGGCAAGUGGCAGAAUGUCCACUUCCACGGCUCGGGGGCCCCUGUCGCCCCGCUGCAGUGAAGAGCUCGCCAUGGCUGUCCUGGUUCCAGCCCGAUGGAGACGGCGAUGGGAGCCGAGGCAGCAGCCGGAGCUGCGGCCCCCCGAAGCACGCGUCCGCAUGCCUGUCCCCCCCUGCCCUGGCCCCUGCUCCUCCCCCUCCAGUGCCUGUGUUUGCAGAAAACAAAAAGACAAAAAAAAAGCCGAAAACGAGGAAGACAACGAAAAAAAAAGGGGGAAAACCCACCCCAAUCCCAACCCCACCCACACCCCCAAACCCUACCCAGCCGCUCGGCCACAGGCGGGGCGCUGGGGGGCUCAGCCCCCCCUCUCUGCCCGUCUCUCCUGGGGGGGCAGGGGGGGUCCCGGCCCCCCUCCCGGCUGUGCUCGUGGCGUGUCGCUGUCGCUGGUGGUGGAUGUUGUUCUUUGGGCUCCGCUUCGCUCUGUCCUGCCCCGGCCCCUGUACAUAGAGAGAGCUCUUUAUUUUUGAAUUCCCAUGGGGGGUCCCCAGCCAUGGGGGCUGCCAGGGGGUGAGUGAGGUGAGGGGGACACACACAGACUCUCCCUGCCCCCCCAGUCCAGCCCUGCCCCUGGGGGCCCGAGGCUGAUCCCAGGCACUGCUGUGCAGGGAACACAUGGGUGGCUGUGGGAGGGUCCCUCGGUCACACCCCCAUCCCCAGUCCCCAUCCUGCUGGUUGCCCUCGCCCAGCACCCCGUAUCCCGAGUGCCAGCUCCAGGUGCUGGCAGGUUUUGGCAGGGGGAUGUGGGUGCUAUGUCAGGGGGCUGGGGGCAGCCAGGGGGUGUUGGGGUUCAGGGCGGGGGGCUCGGGACGAUCCAGCCAGCACUGACGCGGCAUCGGAAGCACUUUAGACUAAGAGAACGGGUCUCUUAAGGGGGCACAGGCUGCUCCGCCGGGGCCCCCCCAGCACACGCCCAGCCAGCACUCUGGGGGCACCCUGUCACCCCAACCCCCAUCCCUGGGGAUGCAUCACGUCGCUCCUGGUGAUCCCCACGCGAUUCCCCCAGGGUGUCCCCUCCGUGCUGGGGGCUGGUUUUGGCUGGGGCGGGAGAGGGGGUGGGAGGGGCGGGGGAUAUUAAUUAUUUUUUAAUUAUUCUGAUGAUUUCUCUGCAUGCCCUUUGCGCGGGAGCAACCCUCGGGCGCUAACGCUGUAUGUCGAGGAGCUGAGCUGAGCUGUUCCUGUCCCAUGAAUGCUGGUGGAUCGUUGCCAAAUUUUUCUCUUUCCUCCCCUUUUCUCUCAUUCUUUUUCUGUCUCCCCCCACCCCCCUCCCCAGCAUAUCCACCCGAACCCCCUAAAAAAACCCCUUUGUCUUUUCUUUCUGAGCCUUGUAAGUGUAAAAGAUGACUCUGAUUUCGUUUUUGUCUCGGGAAAACUGCAAAUAAAUUAUGAGGAAAAACCAA